CCGGGCUGCAGCUGGAGGGGCUCAGCGCCCAGACCGCCCUCCCCCGGGGCGGCGGGACCGGCUGCCGGCGGGGGGCCUGAAGUGCCCCAGCUUCCCCCCACGGCUGCCCCAGCCUCCCCCCCCGGCUGCCCCCGCCCCGUGCGGGGAAUGAGAGGCGGUGCGGCGGGGCUGCGGGAGCCCGCCGGGACCCACCAUGCGGGAGCUGGCGAUCGAGAUCGGCAUACGGGUCCUGCUCUUCGGGGUCUUCGUUUUUACAGAAUUUUUGGAUCCAUUCCAGCGGGUUAUCCAGCCAGAAGAGAUCUGGCUGUAUAAGAAUCCUUUGGUGCAAUCAGACAACGUACCUACACGUCUUAUGUUUGCAAUUUCAUUCCUCACGCCACUAGCAGUCAUUUUUGUGGUGAAAAUAAUCCGCCGAACAGACAAGACUGAAAUUAAAGAGGCUUUCUUAGCUGUUUCCUUGGCUCUAGCUCUGAAUGGUGUCUGCACAAAUACUAUUAAAUUAAUCGUGGGAAGACCGCGUCCCGAUUUCUUUUACCGCUGCUUUCCAGAUGGAGUAAUGAACUCUGAAAUGCACUGCACAGGUGAUCCAGAUCUGGUGUCUGAAGGCAGAAAAAGCUUUCCCAGUAUCCACUCUUCCUUUGCAUUUUCAGGCCUUGGCUUUACCACCUUCUACUUGGCUGGGAAGCUGCACUGCUUCACAGAAGUUGGCCGGGGGAAGAGCUGGAGGCUUUGUGCAGCAAUUCUGCCACUCUACUGUGCCAUGAUGAUUGCCCUGUCACGGAUGUGUGACUACAAACAUCACUGGCAAGAUGCUUUCGUCGGAGGGAUCAUUGGCCUCAUUUUUGCUUAUAUUUGCUACAGACAACACUACCCUCCUUUGGGUAACACAGCUUGUCAUAAAUCUUAUGUCAGUCUGCUAGAUCAGAACUCUGUGAAGAAAGAAGAGAGACCUACAGCAGAUAAUACUACUGGGCUGCCUCUAGAGGGAAUAACUGAAGGUCCUGUAUGACUUUCAGAAAUGUGCCGAAUGAACUUUUAGCCUUCUCACAUUUCCUCCAAACUGGUUUCUUAACACAGUGUUUCUUACUGGAUGUUUUUUUUUCCUUUUUGUAAAGAGAAAUACUUUAUUUUUAAUGCCAUAAUAUCAUCAUACUUUCAAAGUCAAAUUUUCAGUUCACAUUGACUUGCUGAAUUAUCUGUUUUCAGUCGACUGCAAACAGAUAGACUACUUGAGGGAAGUGGAAAGAACAUGAAUGAAAAUAGUCCCAUGUGAGAAUGGUUAAGAAAGUAAUUUUGAGAAGAUGCAGUUGAGGAUAUAGUAGAUCUGGAAACAGAUUUUCUGAAGUUCUGAGUAUCUCCUAGAAAGUUCUGGUUGUUUUCAGCACUCAUUGAUUUUGAUAGGUGAUGAGUACACACAGCAAUUUUCAUCAGAUGUUCAGCAUCUGUUCUGGCCAGCCAUUUCUUUAUAUAAUUUGAUCAGUUAGGGCAUCAUUCUUAUAUUUAUCUUGUUGCCUUCUAACAUAAAAAAAAAAAAAAAAAAAAAAAAGAAUCUCCAUGUGCUGGUAGAACUUUUUAUUAAUUGUCAAGUUCUGACAAGGUCAUUCUGAGCUACUAAUGAUCAAACACCCAAAAGGUAUGAAUGGUUCAGUGUCUGUAAGAGCCAAGCCUUGUUGCAUUAGUAGUUCCACAGGAUGAUACUGAUGUUCAAGAAAUUCCACAUCUUGCAAUAACAUGGACGUUCAUAGGAUGGAUUAGAAAGUUGGUAUUACAUCAUUACCAGUUUUUUGAGAGCUCUUGCAUUAAUUACCAUCACAACAAAAUUAAAGAGCACCCAUGACAUUCAACAAGCUGAAGUCUUGAAAACAGAUUAAAAAAAAAAUAAUCCUAAAACUGUGAGGAUAAAGAAACACCAUUUUUCUGUGAAUCUUGGUGUGCCAUGUUCAUUCUUGUAUAGUGACUCACUGCAGCAUUGGUGAUCUGAAGAAAUACAAAGAUUUUCAUUUGUGAGUUUGAACGCACAACCAUGAACGCUUGUGGGGGUCUCCAGCACUGUAACAUUCCCAGAGGAAUGCUAGAGGCAGUUUUCCACUCAACCCAUUCCACAUUUUCAGCUCAUCAUCUUCCUGAGCGUGGUGUUUGCAAAGGUUGGCUUGGGACCUGAACUGAAGCUCACCUGAAUCAAAGCACUUUUGGUACGGAGAAGGUUACUGAGUGUACGACUUCAGUUAAUUUAUUAUUGGUGGGAUCCUCUUUUGUUAUGGAUGCCCUAUGCAGUAUACAUCCCUUUCCUGUGAAAUUCUGUACCUUUGGAUGGCAGAAUGUCAAGAUUCCAGAAUAUUUUCUUUCUUAGAGAAUCCUGUGGAAAUGCAGGCAAAAUGUUCCAGGCCACGCCUUGGCAGUUGAACAUUUCUUAGCUGGAGCUGCUGGUUGAAGCACUCUAGGUGGCAUUGAUCAACGACCAUUAUUAUGGUGCUUUAGACUGGAAGACACUGCUGCCAUAACUCUGGUUUAUGUGUUCCUGUUGGAAUAUGUAUUGGCCUUGUAGGCAUUUUGUGAUUCAAACAGCUCAAUGUCUUUAUGUAAGGCUUUAUGUAAGUCAUUUACUUUUCUCAAAGGUAAGCUUUGUAGAUAUAUAUUUUUUUUUUUUGAGAAGAGCUACUUCCUGAUUGGCAACACUUGAAUUUUUAUAGAAAGCAAGUAAAUUAGAAUCCCUUUAAAAAGAAAGAAUUUUCUGCCAGAGGAUGAAAUGAUAAAAUGUAUAAACUUAUAUGAUAUUUGGAAGUAACUGUAAAUAGGAAAUGGCAUUAAGGAACAGAAUGUUACAGGCAUGAACUCAGGAGAGUUCUGUGGAAAUUAGGCCUGAUUUAUUUAUAAAACUGAUCCCAGUUUGACUGGGCAGUUAGAGACAGGAUUUUUUACUGACAGUUACAGUAAUUCUGAGCUCUAGAAUUGAGACAGUUACCCAGAUGCAACUGACCUUGCUGGUGCAUAUCUACUAGUUCACAAAACUAGCAUCAGCAAAGCAAAAUUAUCCCAGCAUUGCAUUUGCACUGGAUUGGACAGAACACUCCUCUAGUGUAAUUGAGGUCUUAUUCUAGUAAUCCACACAGUUCAGUGGAGGUUGAAUCUUUCUAGAAUGUUUUUAAACCAUCCUACAGAAUUCUGUAACAGGGAUAGCAUUUUCUAUUACUUCAUUCUAUGAUUCUAUGAUUCAUAUGGGAGGAUUAAUGACAGCCCUAGAGUAAGGGUAUCAUGUCUUUACAUUGUAUAGGGCUCAGCCAUCAGCUUUUUCUUUCAGAAGGAACCUAGUCUUCCAGAUUAUAUGCAAAUGUUAAAAAAAACCCACCAAACAAUCAAAAUUAGACGUUUAAUACUGAUGCAUAGAGUGUUUUGCAUGUUUUUAUAGAGACCUGGCUUAUUCUCAAAAAUGAGUGAGGCCUCCUAACUGUGCUGUAUACAUUCCCAGUAUUUUAAUGGCUUUUGAUACAAACCAGCUGUCUUCUUUGGGAUGGGGAAAGCUUAUGCAGCCCUCAGAUAUGAGCAGUGGCUGUUAAAAGAUUGGAAUAUGGAGUGUAAAGCAGCAUAAAGACUUCCAUUGCAAGAGUAAUUGGUGAACUUUGCAAAGCAGUAAAGAAUACUAUUUUAAUGGGAAUAAUUACAUUGAAAGUCAUAAAUAGACAAUGUAAAAGCUCUGAUUAAAAUGUAAUUAAAAUUUUGAAAGGCUUAAUGAAAUGAAACUUGUGGAGGGAGCUGUAGGUGCUGUAAUUACCAGAAAAGUCAGUGUAGGGAAGGCAUUGUUGUGGAUCAAUGUAUUUUAAUCUCAUGCUUUCUCAAUGUGAAGGAAAUGUAAUGUUGUAACACACCAAUAAAACAACACAUGAAUGUGGGUUUGUA